AUGGAAUGUGAUGGGCAGAAUCAGAUCAUUACAUGCUCUGGAGCAUUUAAGGAGGGAUCUCUUCGGAUCAUACGGAAUGGCAUUGGUAUUGAUGAAGCUGCAUCAGUAGAUAUUCCAGGCGUCAAAGGUAUAUUUGCGCUGAAGAUUGAUUCCAAACUUGACAAUUACCUAAUUAUAUCGCUAAGUUCGGAAACUCACAUACUGGCAAUGAAUGGGGAAGAACUGGAGGAUACUCAACUACUUGAUUUGGAAACGGACGAGCACACUUUGUGGGCUGGAAUGCUCGGGUUAUCGCAAAUUGUCUUACAGAUUUUGAGAGGGCGCAAAGUGAUGACCAUUGAAUGA